AACUAAACGGUGCUAUGACGCUAAACACUACAAAUAUUGACUUAACAGUAGAAAACGGGACAAUAAUAAUAUAAUAUGGUUAGUAUAGAAAUCCCAAUCAGUCUAGGCAUUGUAUUUGGAGUAGAUACUGUAAUACAAGCCAGCCAUUGUCCACCCCGCCGUGUUGACCGCUGUUAGGUAAGGUUUGUUUUGAUAUCUGUUUUAACGGUUUAUAGAUUAGGUUUGAUUUGCUCGAUGUGUUGACAAUUUCACUUGUCAUUUUUACCUGACACAUAUUUAAUUGGACACACACUGACCACAGUGGCCAUUACCUAAACGCUCGUGGUCAAGCACGCGCUCCUGUUGUUUUAGACAAGUACUUGUACACCGUUUCGAUCGGGGGAGGAAUACUCGGUAUCACUCGGUUAUGAGGCAUAUAUAUAAGGUGUGAUGGAGACACUGUAUACCAUCAACAUUGUCUCUGCUGAUUAAAGUUUUAAUAGAAUCAAAGGCAAAAAAUAUGGCGAUGUCGAGAAAAUCCGGCGCUUGUGAAGAUGACUUCUGGAACAAAGAACGAGUAAAACCGGAUGUGAUGGUUGUCAAGGACACGAGGGGUCUGUGUGAGGACCUAAAAUACGUCAUAUCUGUUCCUGACCUGUGUGACGUAACGUUCCUCGUGGGGGAAGAGAAACUGCCUGUGUACGGUGUCAAAGCCAUUCUUGCUACAAGAAGCAGACAUAUGUACCAACUUUUAUUAGCUGCAACAAAAAAUGCAAAGAAAAAAUCCCUCAAGAACAACUCUGCCAUGAAAAAAGCCCUUAAGAAAAUUCAGCAUCUUCUUAGCCCGUCAUCAUCCGAAAAGGUGAAGACUUUCUAUCAGAGUGACGUAGUACAGAAACUUACAGUGGAAGUGAAAAAUUUUGACGUCACAGUAUUUGAACGUUUCAUGUGUUACAUUCAUUGUGGAACAGUAGCUGUGGACAUAUCUAAUGUUGUGGGUCUGAUGAACGCCGCCCACACUUAUGACUUCCCGGAACUUCGCGAUGCAUGCUGGGAGUUUGCCAACAAUUACAUCAAGCCAGAUACGCUCUCCCAGCUCACGUGCUCAGCAAGAACGUACAUACACUUCAAGUACACACGCAUGCUAAUGCAAAGGAUUCGACAUUAUCUGAGCCAAACGCCCGAUAUAAUGAGUAACUGUCCAGAGCUGUGUGGCGUCGGAGAAUUGCAGACAGGAGAAUACAUGCUUUAAUUGUACCGGGAAAGGACACCAAGUCACGUAUUCUACGAUUUCAACUAAUUAAUUACUCUUUGAUGAAGAAUAUCCCUCAUGAAAACGGAACUACGUAUUAUUUGAUGCUAUGUGAAGGCGUCACCGGCACGAAGCUUGACUUAAUUUGUAUGCAUCACUUUAGGCUUGACUGUCUUUAGAUAACUUCGUAAUUUCGUCAACAACUUCAAUGCAUUCCUAAGUUGAUUUUAAACGCUGCCCACCGAAUUACUGAACUGUUUAUGAAAAUAGAUGAAGCUGCUGAACACACGUAAGAAAACAUAGUGCUAUUUUUGUGCUGACAAAUAUGUGAGAUAUUGGUGGAUAAGUCAUGAACUCGCCGUGAAAUGGCAGUCUACAGUUGCUGUGGGGGACUAGGAGCCAUUAAAACAUUCUGACACAGAACACGUUAAUAAGUAUUUAUAGUAUUCCGGUAUGUUUAUCAAAUUACAUAGAGAAAUAGUCUAUCUACAUUCUGUCCAAAUUUAUCACGUCCAAGCCAAUUGUUGAUACACAACCCUUUUACAUGAACUGGACAUGGAAUAAAACAACCUCAAUAUGAUAUCUGUCAGACAAUAUCGUGCCUACGGCAGGGUAACCCGAUCUCCCACAUUGUAGUCGUAAAGUUCCUAUUACAAAUAAAGGUUAUACUGCAAUGUAUUAAUGAUAAAGUGUUGUUGGGAUUUGGGUUGAUGGUCAUGUUUCUGUGAUGGCUUCACGUGAUUACCAUAUUGACAUGUAUUAAAUGUUAUGUUUGUAAAGUAAUACUAUGUCUACAACAAGAUGUUUCUGUAAAAAAUGGGUCUACAAUGAUAUCUGUAAAUAUUGUCUGUAAAUAUGUAAUGUACAAUAUUAUUAUGUAAAUUUGUGAAUUGUAUACAUACAUCUACCUUAUUAAAUGUCGAUGAGCAAACGACAAAACGAUAGUGAAUGUGCUUUUUAUGUAGUAUUCAUGCUUUGCUUUUGGUCAAUCAAUUAAAUAAGUCUUUUAUUUGUCUGUUAAGAGGUACACAUUUGGAAAAAAAAGUUACAAAAACAAAAACUUGAGGUUCAUAACGAAUCUUUUCAUGAGACAAGUCGUUCUAAUAAACAGCAAACUCCUCUCCAUAUUUUUCCAUAUCUUCAUCCGGCGUGACAAUACCCGUCUUCAUUCGUUUGAUGCGGAGAUUCUGUUUUAUGCGGGAAACAGCACGUGACAUCACGUGUUCCUCAGUUACUGUUGUAGGUGUUAACCUGGCGAACGGGAUAUUUUGAAUUGUAGGGAAAAUCAUCAUGUGUGUCGCAGACAAUUAAAGCUUAACGAAGCGUAGUUUGUCUGCGACACCUGUGACAUUUUUGCACAUCAUUGGUUACAACGUGGAUACAAUAUAGUCACACCUGGUAUUAUUGUUUUAAACUACACGUCAUCACUGUCUGUAAAG